CAGUAGGUCGUAAUUGCAAUUAACAGAAAUAUUAAAAGAAACCAGUAUUCAAAUUACUGAAACGCCUCCCCAUCAAAAAACUAAAAAUAAUAAUAGUAUGGUUGUACUAUUCUUAUUUGUAAGAAUGUUUAGUGAGGCCGUGUAAGCUUAAAUUGCUCCAUAACAUUUUUUUCUCGGAGUAAUCAAUUAAGAGGAAGCUGCAAAAUAAGCUUUUUAAAGGUUUCAUUUUUGAAUAUCCACUGUAGUUGACCCACUUAAAAAUGGCGCCAACAGCUGAUUUUAAGCGAAAGCCGGCUUUUAUUUACCUCCUGCACUCGUUCGCAAAUCGUCGCUGAUUACUCGGCUGUUUGAUCAAUAAUCCUGUGGAAUAACUCCAAUUGCGAAGGUGUUGAGACACCUUCCGUGUUCGCUGGGCAAUCAUAUCACGCAAUCACAUCGAGGACAUGCCAUCGCAGUGAUGACAUACUUUCUGGAUCAGUUGCCGAAGCGCAUCAGGGAAAUCGCUGAGCAGGUUAAUGUUUUGGCACCGGAGGAGGUGCUGACAACGCCGCCAGUUCGGUUCCUGGACACGCGCCAAGAAUCCCUGUACACCGUUGUGCGGCAGUGCACUCCGGAUGAUGUGAGGGUGCUCAAGGAUGCGGCGGCCAAGUGGCUGGCUGAGAUGCCCCAAACAGCCGAUUCCCUUUUUAAGCCGCUUGUCAAUGUGAGAUGGUCUCGGGUAUCCUUUGGCUGUUCCGCCCUAGAUCGUUGCACUGGAGGGGGCGUGGUCACUCGGGGAAUAACCGAACUUUGUGGAGCAGCCGGCGUUGGCAAGUCCCAGCUGCUCCUCCAGUUAUCAUUGUGCGUCCAGCUGCCCAUCGAGCUGGGAGGAUUGGGCAAGGGCGUGGCCUACAUUUGCACAGAAGAUGCUUUUCCGGCCAGAAGAUUGCUGCAGAUGAGCAAGGCCUGCGAAAAGCGACAUCCCAAAGAGAAACUCAACUUUCUGGGCAACAUCUUUGUGGAACAUCAUUACGAGACCGAACCCCUCCUGAAUUGUAUUAGAAAUCGUUUGCCGCGACUCAUGCAACAACAUGGCAUUGGCCUGAUCAUUAUAGAUUCCGUGGCAGCAAUAUUCCGGCUGUACACGGAUUUUUUAGAGCGGGCCCGUCAGAUGCGUCGCCUGGCAGACGCUCUUCUCACUUAUGCGGAUAAGUACAACUGUGCAGUAGUCUGCGUCAACCAGGUGGCCGCCAGUGGAGGUCAGGAUGAGGUUCCCUGCCUGGGAUUGCAAUGGGCACACUUGGGACGAACCCGCCUGCGAGUUUCACGGGUGCCCAAGCAGCAUCGGAUGGGAGAUCAAUUGAUCACGGUGCGCAAACUGGAUAUCCUCUAUUCGCCAGAGACCCCCAAUGAUGUUGCAGAGUUCCUCAUUACCGAGGAUGGCGUGGUGGAUGUUCCGGAGCCACCUCCAACCCGCCCACCCGCCAAAAUGCGUCGACUGUGAUCGAUUGAAUUUAUUCUGUAUAUUUUGUUUUCGUUUAAUUUGUUGAAUUUAAAAUGUGUAAUGGCCGAGA